UUCUGAAAAAAAAUCAAAGAAUUUUCAUAAAAAUUCAGGAAAUCCAACGUAUCGCCAACAUUCUACCCAUAAAUUUAUUACGUACAUGCCUUGAGGAUAUUCAAGUAGACAACUUCCAUUUUAAAGCUGGCACAAUGGUUUUGCCCCAAAUUUCAAUAACAAUGAAUGACUCUGCCUAUUUUUAUGAGCCAGAAAAAUUUAAUCCAGAACGUUUUAUUGAAAUUAAUAAAUUUGGGGAAUUAAUGCUUAAGAAGGUUGACGCGUUUUUGCCUUUUUCUAUUGGGAAACGGCAAUGUCUUGGAGAGAGUUUGGCACGUGCUGAGCUCUUCUUUAUCUUUGCCUAUCUAAUAAAAAAUUUUAAAUUUCUCCCUGAAAGUGAGGACACACUUCCUUCUACUAAAAGAAUAUAUGGAUUAACUGUAAAUUCAAUUUUUAUAGAUAAUUCUGACUUUUUUCUGAUUUUUCAGUGUGCUCCACAACCAUUUAAAUGUCGAUUAAUUGCUCGUAGUUGA